AUGUGGCUACAUGCACGAGUUGGAGAAGGUCGACAGAUGGGACUACUGGCGACUACUCUCGAUGGAUGCAAUGUGCUGCUGGGACAUGAUUGGUUGCGACCGAAUCUCCAUCAAGUCGCGUCACCCGAUCCCGCGAGCCGACAAACUUCUCGACCAACUUCGCGGCGUGAAGUUUUUCUCGAAAAUGGAUUCGCGAGGAGGCUACCAUCAGAUUCGAGUCGCCACCGACGAUUGUCACAAGACGACAUUCCGAACCCGAUACGGCAGCUACGAGUACCUGGUGAUGCUUUUUGGCCUCACGAACGCGCCCUCGACCUUCCAAAUGACCAUGAAUGGAAUUUUCAGAGAACUCUUGGACAAAUGCGUCAUCAUCUACCUCGACGAUAUAUUAAUCUACAGCCGUAGCAGGGAGCAGCACUUAAAGGAUCUUGAUGCAGUCUUCACGCUGCUGCACAAGAAUCGCCUCAUCACCAAAGGGUCUAAGAGCGACUUUCUUUAUUAGGAGUUGGAAUUUAUGGGCCAUAUG